AUGUAUUCUCUUCCAGAAAAACCAGCUUUUAUAUUUGAAAAUUUGAACUGGGUUACCCAACAACCAUGGCUGAAUAACAGGAAACGAGUAGUUUUAGCAUUAUUGGUUGGAAGUACUUCUCUCGCUUUUGGAGGAAUUGCAUUUCCAUAUGUACGCAACGCUCUCCCUUUUCCACAUUUCGGCAGAAAUGAUGAUUUACCUAUUGGAUUGCCCAAUAACCUUAAUUUGUGCUAUUUAAAUGCAUUGCUUCAGGCUAUGGCUUCGUGUCACCUUCUAGUGAAAUCUUUUAGACGAAGUCUUGCUAAUAGGAGCAGUCGACUUCUGUAUUUACUUGUCACCGUCUUGGAAGGACUUAAUUGCUCUUCCAAGUAUCUAAAGAACAAUGACCUCAUCGAUAUGAUUCUUUUGGCACACAAAAUGUUAGUCGAAGAAUUGGCACGAACCGGGAAAUGGACUGUUGGCGUUCAGCAGGACGUGCAUGAACUCUACGCAUUUUUUAUCGAUCUGGCGGAAGGCAAUGACAGGAACCAAGGAACUGGGACAGAAACUUCAGGUUCCAGUAGGGAUGGGGUUCAAGCCCUUGUUUCCUCGAUUUUGGGCCUCCCUGAGACUGUUUUCUCGAUUGGGAAAAAAAUCCACCGUUACACUUGUUUUGCACCAGUCAGUUUCUCACCCAAUUCUACUCUUAAUCGCCUCUCCUCUUUACCUCCCCCUCUCAGCUCAUUUUGCCAACUAUGUGUCUCUCAGAUCUUCUGCUCCAAGUGUCGAUACAAGGGCCAACUGAAACUAGUGCCUGAGUCCUGUAUUAUUCUUUUUCCAGAAAAGUCGCGUCAACUUCACACUAAGAGGCGUUCACAAAAAACCAAGGCAGCCUACAAAUUCACGCUGGAUAAUCUCCUGAAGGAUGAGUUUGGUGAUGCAGAACGCCUUACGGGAAUUCACUGUCCCAUAUGCAAAGCCAAGGCAUUGCGUGUACCAGAGAAUAUUAUAAAUGACCCAACACCCUUCAUUAUCGAUCGCAGCGCUCUUCGUCACUUUGCCGAGUCGGAGUGUCGAAAUACUUGUUACUCACGUCGGUGGUUUGCGCUCUCAUCCGAUACUAUUCAAAGAGUGACACCUCUAUCUGUUGCCCCGCCUUUGAUUUUCUACGUCCAACGCGCUGUCUGGUUGCCACUAAAGCAUAUUCCACCCAGCGCUGAGGAUUUUGUUUAUCACUUUAGUGAGGGUGGAAUGACAAUUAAAUGUUCCGACCACGUUGCUUUUCCUGCCACUCUGGAUGUUUCCUCCUACCUAGCCAAUGGUGGCACAUUCCGGGGUGUGAAUAACCUUUUUAAGCCCGAUUCCAAUCUUGCUCCGAAUAACAGAUCGACACCAAAUAAUUACUCUCUUCGUGCUGUGAUAGUGCAUCGUGGAAAUACUCUACAAGCAGGCCACUAUAUUGCCUAUCGCUAUUGGAAAGGAGAGGUGAUUGGAACAGAGAGUACCGAAGGCUGGGUCCUCACAUCGGAUGACUAUGUCAACCUCGUUAAUUUUUCUUCCGUCCAGAACUGCCAAGCCUACAUGCUCUUUUAUGAACCUGAGAAGGCUCUAGAGGAGGAACAGAAUAGUUCAAUCUCCGAUGGCGAAAUUUCCGUUGGCAAUGGUAACAUUGAUGACUGGGAUAGCGAUCGACUUCCUUAUCUCAUAAGAAAUAUUGACAAGAUUGCAUCACCGUCGCAGAGAAUUAGAGUUUUGAUGGCUGCAGCUUGCGGGGCUUGUGAUGUGGUUUAG